AUGCAGGCGCGUGGGCGGUCCGCCCGCCCUAAACUACUCACCUCAAGGUCAACGCCGACGCCAAACCAACCGGACCCUGAACACAGAAAACCCACUGCUGGUUUCCUUCUACAUUACAUUUUCCGCAAGAUUUUCCCGGGACAGGGCGACGGCGCCCGCUGCGCCCCAGGGAAAACUGACGGACGUCACGGCUCCGCCGCGGCUUUUAUAGGAGGUCGGGGGUGGUGCGGGGCGGUCGCGAGUUGCGCCGUCGAUUCGUGA